GUAGGAGGCUGAGUGAGGGGAUACACUUCUCUCAGUCUCUCUGGGUGAGUGGAGGUGAACACAUCGUGUAUAGCGAGGAGGGAGAUGGAAAUCUGUCUGACUUUUAUUCUUCUGUCAUCCACACUCUCACUCACAGCAGCUGAGAAUGUGAGGUUGGUGAAUGGUGGAAGUCGGUGUGCUGGGAGAGUGGAGGUUCUUCAUGAUGGUCAGUGGGGAACAGUGUGUAAUUAUCACUGGGACAUGAGAGAAGCUGCAGUGGUGUGUAAAGAGCUGAACUGUGGGGAGCCUGUAAAUGUGCGGUAUUCUGCUCAUUUUGGACCAGGAUCAGGACCAAUCUGGAUGGAUAAUGUGCAGUGUAGUGGAUCUGAGUCGACACUGAAGAACUGUAGUUCAAAUGGGUGGGGGAAACAUUACUGUGACCAUUUGGGGGAUUCUGGAGUCACCUGCUCAGAACAUGAAGCUGAGAAUAUUGAUGACAACAUUACAGCUGAUCAGAAGGCAGUUAUACUGACAGACAGCUUGAGGUUGGUGAAUGGUGGAAGUCGCUGUGCUGGGACGGUGGAGGUUCUUCAUGAUGGACAGUGGGGAACAGUGUGUAGUUCUGCCUGGGAUAUGAAAGAUGCUGCAGUGGUGUGUGGACAGCUGCGCUGUGGGAAGGUUGUAGAGAUUAGUUAUUGGGCUGAGUUUGGACGAGGGUCAGGACCAAUCUGGAUAUAUGAUUUGUACUGUAGAGGAUCUGAGUUGACGCUGAACAAUUGUAGCUUAAAAGGGGGACAUUACUGUGAUCAUAGAGAAGAUGCUGGAGUCACCUGUUCAGGUCAGAGUUUGAGACUUACUGCUGGUCCUCACCAGUGCUCUGGGAGAGUGGAGGUGUUUCAUGGAGGUUCCUGGUCCACUAUGUGUGAUGCUGACUUUGACCAGCAGGAUGCAGAGGUUGUGUGUCGAGAGCUGGGCUGUGGGAUCCCCGUGAAGGUUCUGGGAUCAGCUGCUUUUGGUCGAGGAGAGGGUCCGGUGUCGGCCGAGGAGCUUCAGUGUAGAGGAUCUGAAUCUGACAUUACCUUCUGUCCAACAUCAUCUUCACUCAAACACUCAGACUGCUCCCAUGACAACGAUGUGGGAUUGAUAUGUUCUGGUCACACUGAGGCACGGCUGGUGAACGGACCGGACUCCUGUUCUGGUCGAGUGGAGCUCCAGUACCUCGGUGAGUGGGGCACAGUUUGUGCUGUAGGCUGGGAUAUGAGAGCUGCAGAUGUUCUGUGUGCACAGCUGGAUUGUGGAAGUGCUGUGGCUGUGGUGGAGGUGGACUGGUUUGGGGAGGGGAAUGGCCACAUCUGGGCUGAUGUGUUUGAUUGUCAGGGGAAGGAGACGCACCUAUCACGAUGUGACGUCUCAUCAUGGAGUAGAGCUGCAUGCUCUCAUAAACACGAUGCUGGAGUCAUCUGUAAUGGAUCAUCUGUGGCACUACAGAAGGGGCGAAUGCGGUUGUCUGGAGGGAGCGAGUGUCAGGGGGAGGUGGAGAUUUAUUUCAGGCAGGACUGGAGGAGAGUUCUCCUGGACUCGUGGAGUCUGUCUGAGGCGUCUGUGCUCUGCAGACAGCUGGGCUGUGGCUCCGUGCUGAACUACCGCUCCUCUCCAUCCACCACUGAACACAAACACAUGUGUGUAACGGGUUUCAGCUGCUCUGGGAGUGAAGCUCAUCUGAGGAACUGCAGCAGUGCACAAGCUGAACCUGUCAACUGCAGCUCUGGAGAACAGCUCUACAUCACCUGCUCAGGUAAAUUCAACCCAGUCCCAAAGUUCAUCAGGCUGGUUGGUUCUGGGGGAGAAUGUGCAGGAAGGCUGGAGGUUUUCCACAGCGGCUCAUGGGGGACAGUGUGUGAUGACUCGUGGGAUAUUGAGGAUGCACAGGUGGUGUGCAGAGAGCUGCAGUGUGGAGUGGCCCUCAGUACCCAUAUACCUGCCUGGUUUGGUCCUGGAACUGGGCCCAUAUGGCUGAAUGAGGUGGAGUGUGAGGGGAAGGAGACGUCCCUGUGGAACUGCAGAUUUCAGCUGUGCAAAGAGGGUGAAUGUGGACACCAUGAGGACGUAGGAGUCGUCUGCUCAGAGUUUAAAGAGAUCCGACUCUCAGAGGGCUGUGAGGGGAAUCUGGAAGUGUUCUACAAUGGAACCUGGGGUAAUGUGUGUCACAAUGAGAUGGAGCUAGAAACAGCAGAUAUGGUCUGUCGAGAACUGAACUGUGGAAUACUCGAGCUUUUGGACUCGGCCAGAGCGAGAGUUGAAUCUGCUCCUAAUUGGCUGGAUCAUGUGAAAUGUAGGAAACAUGACUCUAAUCUGCUGAAGUGUCCAUCUUCUCCCUGGGGACAGAACAAAUGUAAUAAUCGUGAUGAGGUGGUUCAUAUUACCUGCACAGAAGACAGAACGUCUCUACAUACUCAAGGGACAUGCUCAUCAUUUCCUCUUCAGAAAUACUGCUCAAAGCACUGGUGUCUCAGGCUGAGUGGAGGAAAGGGAAGCUGCUCUGGGAGGUUGGAGGUGUAUCAUAACUCUACGUGGGGCUCCGUUUGUGAUGAUCAGUGGAACAUCAGGAACGCUCAGGUGGUGUGCAGACAGCUGGGCUGUGGGUCGGCGCUGAGUGCUGAUAGGAAUGUUUGGUUGGGUUCUGGUGAAGGGACUAUCUGGCUGAACAGAGUGAAGUGUCGAGGGGAUGAGAUUCACCUGUGGGACUGUCAUCAUUCCCUGAAGAACCACACUGACUGCUCUCAUGCUGGAGUCACAUGUGCAGACAUAUCCACCAUGUCCACUGCUACACCUGCCGCCACCACCACCACCACCAAAUCAGUAAGAGCCAAUCCAAACCCUGUGUCACCUGGAGCUCCAUCCACCCCUCCACUGGUUCCCUUUGUGUUGGGAAUGCUGCUCUUCCUGGCCUUAGUGCUUCUGUUGGUACUGUUUUACCAGAACAGAGUUCUCAGUAGAGGAAGUCUCCUCUCUGAAGAACAGCAUUCUGGGUAUGAGGAUGUGGAUGAUGAGCUUCUCUCAGGUGAUCCAGGAAGAGUCGAACCACCAGAGGACUACGAUGAUGCUGUCACUGCUGGACCGAUCCCUGAUAACCUGGAUGAGGAUGUAGCUGAGAAUUAUGAUGACGCCAUUACAGCUAAUCAGAAGUCAGUUAUACUGACAGAGGACGUGUCCAAGAACUAUGAUGAUGCCGUUACCACUGAAACAAACCCAAACAUCAUCACAGAGGGUGACCCCGGGGGUGAGGAGCUGGUCGGUCUGGAUGUAGCUGAUGGAAUUCCUCAAUUAGAGAGGGGUCCAGGAUAUCGUGGGCAUCAGCCGAGGAACGUUCCUUCGGGCCAUAUCCUUCCCAGUCCACCAGAUACUGUAAGCGCCCUCUGA